AGUGACUGUGAGAAGGGGAGGCCAAGUCUCCCGGUGACCGGGGCUGGGUCCAGUCCCUGGGAGCUCCACCCUAGUGCUGUGCCCCAUCCACGGCUCCAGACUUUGACCUUGUGCUCCGGACCCAGCAGGCAGGCAGAGGGCUGAAGACAAGACACCCCAGAACCAGGAGCCUCCCUGCAGGAAACAGAGCCUGGUGUCUCCAGCAGCGGCCUCAUUUCUCCAGAAGCCUGGUGUGCGGGCUGACACAAUGCGUGUGGUGGUGAUUGGAGCAGGGGUCAUCGGGCUGUCUACCGCCCUCUGCAUCUAUGAGCGCUACCACUCAGUUCUGCAGCCGCUGGACCUGAAGGUCUACGCAGACCGCUUCACUCCCCUCACCAACACUGAUGUGGCUGCCGGCCUCUGGCAGCCCUAUCUCUCUAGUCCCAGCAACCCACGGGAGAUGGAGUGGAACCAGCAGACCUUCGACUAUCUUCUGAGCCACAUCCAUUCUCCCAACUCUGAGAAAAUGGGCCUGGCCCUGAUCUCAGGCUACAACCUCUUCCACGAAGCUGUUCCGGACCCUUUCUGGAAGAACAUAGUCCUGGGAUUUCGGAAGCUGACUCCCAGAGAGCUGGAUGCGUUUCCUGAUUAUAGCUAUGGCUGGUUCCACACAAGCCUGAUCAUAGAGGGGAGGAGUUACUUGGAGUGGCUGACUGAGAGGUUAACUGAGAGGGGAGUGAAAUUCUUCCAGCGGAAGGUGGAGUCUUUGGAGGAGGUGGCCAGAGGAGGGGUGGAUGUGAUUAUCAACUGCACGGGGGUGUGGGCUGGGGCACUGCAGCCAGACCCACUGCUGCAGCCGGGCCGGGGGCAGAUCAUUAAGGUGAAUGCUCCCUGGAUAAAGCACUUCAUUCUCACCCACGAUCCCAAGAGUGGCAUCUACACGUCUCCAUACAUCAUCCCAGGGAUGCAGAUGGUUACUCUCGGAGGCAUCUGCCAGCUGGGGAACUGGAGUGAGAUAAACAGUACCCAGGACCACAACACCAUUUGGAAAGGUUGCUGCAGACUAGAGCCCACGGUGAAGAAUGCAAGAAUUGCUGGUGAAUAUACUGGCUUCCGGCCGAUGCGUCCCCAGCUUCGACUGGAAAGGGAACAGCUUCGUGUUGGAUCUGCAAACGCUGAGGUCAUCCACAACUACGGCCAUGGAGGCUACGGGCUCACGAUUCACUGGGGCUGUGCCCUGGAGGCAGCCAAUCUGUUUGGGAAAAUUCUGGAAGAAAGAGAGCUGUACCGGAUGCCACCAUCCCACCUCUGAGAACGCCAGUGACCAGCAGCUUCCCCGCAAGGAUUCCCCAUCCCCCAGACCGACUAAUCAGUGUACUCCCCAGAAGCCUGUGCCUAACCCCCGCCCCUAAUUCUGCCUCCUUCUACAAAUGUUCUUGAAGGGAGAGGAAGCCACAAGGUCCGUGGCACUGAUGGACAUCCAGCCCCACCUGCAGCCCCCUGAGCGCUGAAGUCACCCCUCUGUCUCUGGGCCGCACACUGCAACGAACAGCUGGGACUUUGUCUUUUAAGUCCUCAGAAGAAAGGAGAACUCAGAAAAUCAAAGAGGCACAGAAAUGAAUGAUGAUUGUGGUUAAGUAACUGGACUAUAAGUCAUACAAACAUAUUAAAGCUUCUGGAAAGUCCUGCA